GGAUGGGCGCGCGGAGGGGGUGACGCAGGGAGGGGCGCGGAGCCUCCGGACCUAGAGGGUGACCCGGAAGGGCCCUUGCUAAGGAUUUUUAAAUGCCUGGCACGGACCAGUCUGAGCAGAUGCGAUGACGCGAUGGUACCCCGUGGCACUUUUGGCCUUCGCAAACUUCUCAGCGAUUCCCCCGGUCUGGGAGGCUGGGUCUGAAUCCCUAGGAGAUGGCAGAAGCUCUCAGAUGUGGUGUGAGACAAAAACUUUGUGUCUGGACUUGUAGGUCGUGAAAAUUGCCGUUACAAAGAAAGAGAAACACAAACAUUCAGAGUGGCCCCUGUAAGUAAUCCCAGAUGAAUUUUGCAUUCUAUUAACAGGACCUGCAACACCCGACAAACGAGAUGACCCCCUCUGACUCCUUUCUUCCGAGGCAUGGGAAGGUCGGUCUUGGUGAUGCUCAGGUCGGGGAGAAUGAGCCUGAUGUGGGCAGAAUUCAGAUGAGCUGGACAGCGCCGGGAACAAGCUACAAGCAGCUCCCAGAGCCUUGAGAUGGCACCAAAAACCAAGAAGGGGUUGAAAGGCUCCAUUGAUGAUGUCCUUGGUGACCUGUUAGGGGACGAGAUGACCCUACCUGAGGAGCCUGUUAAACUAGCUUCACGUGCCCGAGACGCCACAGGGGUGGGCCAGGCGCUCCCUUCUUCCAGGGCUAGAAUGAAGUCCCUCCUGGAGGACUACACCUUCGGCACCACGGCGGGCCUCACAGGACCUGAUGCUGAGGUGUCCGACAUCUCAGAGGCGGACCCACAGACUUUGCUCCAGAAGAUGAAGGACCUGGACGACAUGGAUGCCGAUCUCUUAGGUCUGAAGAGGUCUAAUCUGGCCUCUAGCAAAAGAGCUGCAAAGGGUCCUGGGAAGGAAGAGCUGCCCAGUCAUCCCAAACCCGCCAGCAUAGUGACAGCCAGUGAGAAAGGGGAUGCUGUUCCUGCCAAGAAGCCCCCUCCCUCUACCAGCAGCUUCGGGCAUCAGUACAGAAAGUUUUCCUUCGAAGACUUGGAAGACCCAUUGGCAGGACUGCUCUCCGACGAUGAGGAAGGAAUCACCAAGAAGUCCCCUGAGACCGAGAAUAAAAUGGCUUCCGAAAAGAGCCCGGCCCCAGUCAGAGAUCAAGGUCCAUCUGCCCCACUCACUCCUGGGGACACCCCGAUCCGAAAGAAAGACGUGCUGUUCGAUGAGGAGGACGACGUCGUGGCCGCCCCGCGGCUUGGACACAGCCCCACAGCAGAAAGGAGGCCGACGGGUGACCAGGAAGGGCCCCGUCCUGCUCGCUCCAGGCUGGAUGAGCUGCUGGGUCGGGGCACUGCCACCAAACUCCUGGCCCGCCCGGGCACUGGGGAGCACAGGGAAUUCAAGCUGGACAAGAAGUACCAGAGGCCCCAGGACAAGGAAGAUCCCUGGGGCGAUGAGGACUUCACCUUUGGGGCCUAUCAGCCCACCGUGGGCUCCAGCGAGGGCCGCCAGUCCCGCCGGCAGUCGGUCAGUAGGUUCUUAGCAGAAGGUGGUGCAGACACCAAGGGAGAACCAGGCUCCAAGCAGAGCACGCCAGCGGCCUCCAGCCCCACGCACCCCAGGAAGGGAGGAGCCGACUGGUUGGGCCUCAAGGAUGACGACCUGCUCCCCACCUCUCCCACCAGAGAGGCUCAGCGGGGAGGCUCUGCACUCUCCACUCCUUGCACGUUCCCUUCCAAGAGCCAGCACUCGGCCCCAAGCCGGCACUCGGCCCCAGCUGGACUGCCCUCCUCCUCUCUGGGGCCAAAGCCACCCACGGAGGGUGCGGGUUUCCCUGCCAAAGCCAGCCAGACUUCCCAGCUGGGAGCGUCUGAGGAGAGAGAGGAAGAGGAUUGGCUGAGCCACGCCUUGUCCCGGAAGAAGUCGCAAGGUCUGGCCAGGGAGGAGCACCCGGAGGCCUCCAGGAGCCAGAAGAACCUGGUGGAGGCAGUAGGAAGUCUCCCUUCCAGCAGCCAACCUGUUCCCAGCUCUCAGGUGUUUGAGCAAGCAGCCGCUGGAGGGCCCUUGGGAACAGCGGCACAGAAGCUACCAACAAGGCCUGCCGCUUCCGGGUCCCCUGUGACAUGGAACCAGACUGCCCUGACCCUCCCUGGAGGUGACCCAGAGAGGGGAACAGCUCUCAGAGACCUCUGCAGCACUGAGCCCGCAGCUUGUGUCCCGAGCUCCCAGGAACACCCAGGGCCCCCUGUGCCCAUCCAGCCCCUGCUCGCCGAGUCCCUGGCGCGGAGCCUGUUGCCCGGCUCAGAAUACCAGAGGCAGCUCCUAGCCACACAGGUGCGGCUACAGGGCAGCACCGCCGAGCUCCAGGCCGACCUUCUGCAGAGCCAGGCCCGGCUGGCGGAGCUGGAGGCCCAGGUGCGGAAGCUGGAGCUGGAGCGGGCCCAGCAGCGGCUCUUGCUGGAGAGCCUGCAGCAGCGGCACGAGACCGACCUGGAGCUCAUCGAGAAUGCUCACAGAAACCGUGUAAAGGUGCUAGAAACGUCGUACCAGCAACGGGAAGAGCGGCUGCGGCGGGAACACGAGGAGCUGUCAGCCCGCUAUCUGUCACAGUGCCAAGAAGCCGAGCAGGCCCGCGCCGAGCUCACAGCCCAGCACCAGCGGCGCUUGGCGGCUGCCAUGCAAGAGAAGGACCAGGAGAUGGAGCGGCUCCGGGAGCUGCAGCGGGCCUCUAUCCUGGAGAUGCGCCGCGACCAUGAGGAGCAGCUGCAGCGGCUGAAGCUGCUGAAGGACCGAGAGAUCGACGCGGUCACCAGCGCCACCUCCCACACGCGGUCCUUGAAUGGCAUCAUCGAGCAGAUGGAGAAGUUCUCCAGCAGCCUGCACGAGCUGUCCUCCCGCGUGGAGGCCUCGCACCUCACCACUGCCCAGGAGCGGGAGCUGGGGCUCCGGCAGCGUGACCAGCAGCUCCGAGCCCUGCAGGAGAGGCUGGGCCAGCAGCAGCGGGACAUGGAAGAGGAGAGGAGCCGGCUCCAGGAGGUCAUCGGGAAGAUGGAGGCGCGCCUGAAUGAGCAGAGCCGGCUGCUGGAGCAGGAGCGAUGGCGGGUGAACGCCGAGCAGUCCCGGGCUGAGUCCACGCAGCGUGCUCUAGAAGAGCAGAGGAAGGUCAUGGUCCAGCAGAUCUCCAUGGAGCGGGAGGAGCUGGAGAAGGCCAAGAGCGCCUUGCUGGAGGAGCAGAAGUCCGUCAUGCACAAGUGUGGGGAGGAGCGGCGGCGCCUCGCGGCCGAGUGGGCCGAGUUCUAUGCCCAGCAGAAGCUGAGUAAGGAGCGGGCCGAGCGUGAGGUGGAGAGGGCGCUGCAGGUAGACGCGCAGCGGGAGGGGACCCUCGUCACCCUGGCCAAGGAGCAAGCCGAGCUGAAGGUCAGGGCCAGCGAGCUCCGUGCCAAGGAAGAUCAGCUGGCAGCCGAGAGGGAGGCCCUGGAGCGGGAGCGCCAGGAGCUGAGGCUGGAGAAGGAGAGGGUCAGCGCUGCUGCCCUGCGCACCAGGCUCCGCGCUGAGGAGGUGGAGAGCAUGAGCCAGAUGGCCUCAGAGAAGCUGGAGGAGGGGCAGCGGGCGCUGCGCGAGGCCCAGCAGGUGCAGCAGGAGCAACAGGCUCGACUGCAGCUCGUCCAAGAGCAGCACGAGCGGCUGCGGCAGCAGGAGCAGCGCGUGCACCAGGAGCAUCUGAGUCUGGCCCAGCAGAGGCUGCAGCUAGACCACGUCCGACAGGACCUGCCCUCCAGCCCCGCGACGCUGCUCCCCAGGACCCAGGGCCCAUCAGCCUCCUGCCUGAGUGCCAUUGUGGCUCCUGCUCCCACCACGCCCCAGUACAGCCAACCCCCCGCCAGCCUGGGCCCCUCGCACCUCCACGCCAACUUGGUGCUACUGAGGCAUAUGGCUGAGCAGGACCGUGACUUCUUGGAGAAUGAGCAAUUCUUCCUUGAGACCCUGAAGAAAGCCUCCUACAAUAUGACAUCCCAUUCAGCCUGAGGGGCGCCGCUGGUUGCUCGCUGGAGGCCUCCAACCCUGGAAAGCUCUCCCCUGGCUGCUCCACUCUGAGGAGCGAGUGCCCAGGGCCUGAUUACAGCUCCUCCUGGGGACAGGGUGCGAGCACAUCCUCUCUGCACACUCCAGCCUCUAGGGCCUGAGGACCAGUGGCCUCUGGAGAGAUGUGAUGCCGAGGGUGCCCCAUGACCCAGCCAGCCACAGCCUCGGUUCUCCUCCCCCGGGCCUCCAGCUCAGAUCCAAGGGCUCAUUGGGCUCUGUGGGCCCGUCCCGUCCUCAGCAGGCAGGUGGCUGGGGGAUGUUUUCUCCUGGGCCUCUUCUGAGGCAGGGGAGUGUUUUUGAGAGACACCACGGGCAGGCUCCUGGCCUCCCUGUCUGAGAGGUCAACUGAGACAGCACGGACUUGCCUCCCUAACUGGGACACAGAGUCAGAGCACAUGUUUUGAGGCGCCUUCUAUCCUCCUGACCAAGGAGGCAAGCGGGGGCACAGAGAGGGCAGGGAGGGCGCGUGCCCAGCCAGGUUUUACCUCGCAGUCUUGUGCUCUCAGGUUGGCUGGCAGAAAGUCCCUGCCUCCUUCCAAGCUGCCUGACUCACUAACCAGCCCUCACAAACUCUGGCCUGUCGCUUCUUGUAACUAGGGCUUCCCAGAGGCAGGGCUGGGCGUGACAGUGGGGUAUGGUGAGGGACCGUUAGAGAGGCCUCUCCUGUCCACCUGCUACGAAGCCACAGCAGCUGGGGGCAAAGACAAGGGAGCCCCUGCCGUAACUGGGGUGGGGGGUAGAGAGCCCUGGGGACCCCCACGGGGCCUUACCCAGAACUGCUGCCCCUUGGGAGGGCGCCUUUGCCCUUCUCCCUGCAGGGGCGCCGGGAGAGGGGUGGCGGCUUGGCAGUUGUCUCAGCAAACUCGAGGAUGGAUGGACUCCAGUAAGAGAACCACGGUCACUCCUGAAGUGGCUUCCCUCGGCCAGCGACUAGUUACCUUCCCCUGGAGGACAAAGGGCAGAGGAUGACGAGGCUGAGGGGUACCAGCAGGCUGCGUUUGUCUCUGCUCCUUCAGAACAACUUUCAGAAGGAUCUUCAUUUACCAGCAAUUUCCAGCCUUCGUCUUGGACCCAUUAAAUUGGUGUAUUCUUAGCAACUGGGUUGUUAGAACUUGGCGCGACUCCUGAGAGUUUACGCUUAUUUCUUAGACGGGUUCCCCUGUAGCACCGUUACUGCUGUGAAGCCGGCUAGUGCCGGGACCUUCUGGAAUCGCUGCACUGACUUCUGUCCUACCUCACACAUGAAGGGACAGAGGCUCGGGGAGAUUAAAUCGCCUGCCCAAGGUGACAGUAAAUAGCAGGGCCUCUUCUUGGGGGCAGAUUCCAAAGCCCCAGGGUCUCAGCCACCUCAUUCCGCUGCCUCCUUCCAGAAGACCAUGCUGCACACCGAGCUCUUGUGGGGCACGAGAUCUCCAAGCUGCUGCUUGGGGCGGUGCCUCCACUGGGGAGGGAAGCAUCAGUGUCCCCUUGGAAACAUCAUGAAGCUGAGAAUUCAGCUUGGUCUCUCCACAGACACCUAGAGGAGUUGGCCCUGUGUGAAGAGCUGCAGGGCUGUAAGCAUGGGCACAGCCUGGCAGGAGCUGACAUUGACUUAGUACCCGGACAGAGGGGACACCCGGCAAGGAGACCCACAGGGGCAAGCUUGGCCUUCAAGACAAAAAGAAAUGAGUGUAGAAUUAGGAAGCCAGUCUGUAUGGCCUCGUUUACCUUCAGGGCAGUGGGUACGCACUCCCUCUUAAGUGGUGAGCCUCUAUUUGUGCUUUAGAAACCACAUCCAGACUGUGGACACGCUGGAGGGGGCGGGUCAGAAGGCUGCUUGCAGGGGUGCUGGGGAGACUGAGGACAGCACUCCUGGGGGUGGCAGUCAGGCGUCAUGGAAACGUGACCCCACAGGACCUGAUGUCUAGCAUGGAGGGUCAGGAAGGAAGAGGUGUGGAGGAGGACCCCCAGAUUUCUGGCUGGGACCACUGGAUGGUGUCACUGGAUGAAACAGCGGAGUAGAGACGGGCCGCCGGCCUUUGGUUGUAAGAUACUUAGUGCCUCUGACUGCUCUGUAUCACUGCCCCUGGCGCUAAGGUGUGGGAGGUAGCUUGCUUCUCUCCUUCCAUCAACUUUUACCCCAGCCCACAGACUAGAGGGCUACACAGCUGUGUAUCUGCUGCUCCUUCUCCCUUCAAAAUUAUAAACUGCACAAGGUCAUAACAUGCUUAAUCCAUUUUGCUGUAGAGAUAAGUACCGGUGUUAAGUGAGAAAAGACGCGGGGGGUAGGGGCACUACUUCCACUUCAAGAGCCAUCCGUGCUCGUUAUUUGCUUCCGUUGAUGCAUGUGGAAAUCCGUGCUCAACUUUCAAACAGUUCAGUUCCAAGCGAGCCCAUUCUUGGAGCGUCCUAGGACACAAGACGCCGGCGUUCGAGGACC